UAAUUUUAAAAAACAACAUGGUUCCAGCAGCUUUGCUGCUUGGACCACGGAAGACAGAAGAAACACAAAGGGUUCUAGCUGCUGCGCUGCUUGGACCUUAAAAAUAAAAAAGGAAACUAAAAUAAUAGCAGCGUCGACCACGUUAGGGCCAGAUUUGGAUCACAGGCGUUCGCGGUCUGGGCAGUGUCUUCUUUAAUAAAACUCAAUUAAAAGACCGCAAACAUACUGCAUAUGUUGCAGUAUGUCUUCACUGGAAUUAUUUGAAAUAGAAGAGCGAAAUCGACUGGACGAAUGUUGGGAUGUAUCAUUUCCUGUUGGCAUGUAUGAUUUCCCUUUCUGCAAUUUCCUGUUGGGAUAUAGGAUUUCCCUUUAAACGGUAUUGAGGACGAAUUCUAAGGUGUGCGCUAUCAAAGUUGCGCUGUUGUCAACGUCGUUACGGAAGGAGACGCAUGUGCAAGUGAUAAUCUUGGAGUGAAUUGAAGCAUCAGGAUGUUGGCCCGGAAAGGCCUGUUACCAGAUGGAUUUUUGCUGACCCGGCUAGCAGAGGACUCCACCCAGCCCAACCGGUUCCGAUCUAAGUCCCAGCGGGCCCGCUUCAUUACUAAGGGGGGGUCCUGCAAUGUGGCACACAAGAACAUCAGGGAACAGGGCAGGUUCCUGCAGGAUGUAUUCACCACUAUGGUGGAUCUCAAGUGGCAGCACUCCCUCCUUAUCUUCACCUCUGCAUUCCUCUGCUCCUGGAUGCUUUUUGCCAUGGCGUGGUGGCUCCUGGCUUUUGCCCAUGGAGACUUGGAGCCCCGUGGGACAGAGGAUGGGCCUGGUCCUGUUCCCUGUGUCACAGCUAUCCACUCCUUCACCUCUGCCUUCCUUUUCUCUAUUGAAGUCCAGGUAACAAUUGGGUUUGGGGGACGGAUGGUAACAGAAGAAUGCCCCCUGGCAAUCAUGGUACUCAUCAUUCAGAACAUCCUGGGCCUGAUCAUUAAUGCUGUGAUGCUGGGCUGUGUCUUCAUGAAGACAGCACAAGCCAAUCGUCGUGCCGAGACCCUAAUUUUUUCCCGCAGCGCUGUCAUUGCUCCCCGAAAUGGCCGGCCUACCUUCAUGUUCCGUGUGGGAGACCUGAGAAAGAGCAUGAUCAUUUCUGCAACUGUGCAGCUCCAGGUAAUUCGCCGUACAGUGACGAUAGAGGGUGAGGUGAUCCCAGUCUCCCAGCUGGACAUCCAGGUGGAGAACCCACUGCGCAGCAAUGGAAUCUUCCUUGUGUCACCCCUCAUAAUCAGCCACACUAUUGAACGAGGCAGCCCCCUUUAUGAGCUCUCUGCCCAGUCACUGGCCACCACUGACCUGGAGAUCAUUGUCAUUCUGGAGGGUGUGGUAGAAACGACAGGCAUCACUAUGCAGGCACGUACCUCUUACACAUCAGAAGAGAUCCUCUGGGGCCAUCGUUUUGUGUCCAUCAUGGCAGAAGAAGAUGGCUGCUAUACCGUGGACUACUCCAAAUUUGGGAAUACCGUUCCAGUGCACAUGUCAUGGCUCAGUGCCAAGGAGCUUGACCAAACCCAGGGCAUUCAGGAGGAGAUUGCUACAGAUGGAGUGCAUCAGGGCUGGGGAUUAGUACGAGCUGGCAGGGGUGGAUACAGGAGAGGAGGGAGGGCCUGCCACAGCUCCACCUCUCAACCUUGGUACACCCACUCAGAGAACAAGUUGGAGCUUGAGGGGAAGAUGAAGGAAGGGAAGAAGAAAACUGUCCAACUAGAGGAGAUUGGGAGAAAAACUCAGGAUACGGAGUCAGUGGAGGCUAUUAACUGAGGGGGGAGGAAUUAGAGAGGUUGUCACAUUGGAGGGAAUGAGAGUGAUUCUUCAUCUUUUGACUAAUUUCUUUCUCUUGCUUUCCACUUGCUCUGGGAUUUUUCGUUAGAAUGUUUUUUCAGUGUCAUUAUUGUGUUUUGUAUUCUCAUUUUGUGUGUGAAAUGCGAUACUGCACAUAAUCUAGACAGUUUAUACUCUUUCAUCAUGUAUGUGAUAUUUUUACUGAACAAAAAUAUAAAUGUAACACUUAUUUUUGCAGCCAUUUUAAUGCGUUUAAAUAACACCGCCAAGAUUUGUUCUAUGUGCACAAAGAUCUUAUUUCUCUCAAAUUUUGUCCACAAAUUUGUUUAUAUCACUGUUAGCUAGCAUUUGUCCGGAUAAUCCAUCUCCUGCACAGGUGUGGCAUAUCAAGAUGCUGAUUAAAAGCCAUGAACACUUCACAGGUGUUCCCUAAAAUGUUGAGUUUUUUGUUGUUCAACACCAUGUCUCAGAUGCCUCAAGAGUUAAGAGAUUGUGAAAUUGGCAUGUUAACUGCAGGAAUGUCCUGUAGAGCCGUUGCCAGAGUAAUGGGUGUUAGUUUCUCCACCAUAAACUGCCUCCAGCGUAGUUUCAGAGAUUUUGGAAGUUCAUCCAACAGGCCUCAUAACCGCAGACCACGUAUAACCACGCCAGCCGAGGACCACCACAUCCGACUUCACCUGUGGGAUGGUCUGAGGCCAGCCACAGGGACACCUGAUGAAACAGUUGGUUUACACAACCGUAGAAUUUCUGCACAAACUCAGAAAUUGCCUCAGGGAAGAUCAUCUGUGUGCUCAACGUCCUCACUGGGGUCUUGAUUUUUCUGCAGUUCGGCAUCACAAUCGACGUGAGUGGACAAGAGCUUACCUUCGAUGGCCACUGGCACGCUGGAGAAUGGUCCUCUUCACUGAUGAAUCAUGGUUUCAGCUAUACAGGGCAGAUGGCAGGCAGCGUGUAUGGCGUUGGGUGGGUGAGCGGUUUUCUGAUGUCAACAUUGUUAACAGAGUGGCCCAUAGUGGUGGUGGGGUGUUGAUAUGGGCAGGCAUAUCCUAUGGGCAGAGAACUCAAGUGCAUUUUAUCCAUGGCAAUUUGAAUGCGCAGAGGUAUCGUGAUGAGAUCCUGAGGCCCAUUGCUGUGCCAUUCAUACACCGCCAUCACCUCAUGUUUCAGCAUGACAAUGCACAGUCCCAUGUUGCAAGGAUCUGUACACAAUUUUUCGAAGUUGAAAAUGUCCCAGUACUUCCAUGGCCUGCAUACUCACCAGACAUAUCACCCAUUGAGCAUGUUUGGGAUGCUUUGGACCAGCGCAUACGACAGCGUGUUCCAGUUCCCACCAAUAUCAAACAACUUCGUACGGCUAUUGAAGAGAAGUGGGACAAUAUUCCACAGGCUACAAUCAACAAUUUGAUCAAUUCAAUGCAACGGAGAUGUGUUGCGCUGCAUGAGGCAAAUGGUGGUCACACAAGAUACUGAUCGGUAUUCUGUUCAUUUCAUGGUAUCUUCUUUUUUGGGGAAUCUGUGACUAACAAAUGCAUAUCUGUAUCCCCAAUCACAUGAAAUCAAUAGAUAAGUGCUUAAUGAAUUUAUUUCAGUUGACUGAUUUAUGUUUAUUACCUUUGAACUCAAUAAAAUCUUCGAAAUUGAUAA